AGGCCUGGCAGGCGCGGGGAAGAACGUAGUGGCGUCAGGGCGCAUGCGCGCGGGGCGGGCCGUGCGUAACCCCGCCUUUCCGUUAGGCCCGCCCCGUCCUGAAGCGUGGCUGGCAGCCAGAGUUUGAAAGUCUUCCCUCAGCUCCGGUGCUUAAAACAGCCGCGGAUCCCAAAGCUCUUGGGACCUCAGGUCCGGGCCGUGUUCGGGGAUCAGGUCCGGCCAGGCAGAGCGAGCAGCCUUCCCAGGUGGGGCUUGGUGCCCAACCUUUGCCCUAGAGUGGAGGAGGAGGGCUGCAGAGGAGGCCGGAGGUCAUCUCCUCCAACGCCCCUCCCUGUGGCACAUAAGUAAACUGAGGCCUAGAGGGGUCCGAGUUCACCUUCCGCCCGAACAAGGAGGACUAACAGACAGCCAGAAGACAUGAAGGACCCCAAGACUGACGACCCAAACGAGGCUGACUCCAAGCCCCUCCUGCAGGAUCCUCCCACAGUCAGAGCGGCGAAGGGUAGAAGUAGGAGUUCUUUAGCACAGACCAUUGAAUCGGUGACGGAUGGAGAGGUCUCCGAGGCCGAUUCCACUUGUUCUUACGCCUCCGAACUACAGGAGCCAACAGUGAGGGUCACCAGGAGAAGGCGCAUCAUAAUCCCCUACCAGCCAGAGUCCAAAGGCAGGGGUAGGCGCAAGACCACCCGGAGCGGAUCCAUCAAAUCUGGUGAUGAAGGCGAAGUGUCCGAAACCGAGUCCUGCUCCUCAGUUCUUUCUUCCCUUUUGUCAUCUCCUGUUAAAACCAGAAGGGCCAGACAGAGAGAGUCUAAAUUCCAUUUGGAUCCCAAUUCUGCUUUAUUGGCAGAGGAGACUUCUGAUGCUGAGUCAUGGUGCUCAGGUGUUUCAUCCAUCAGAAGCCAGAGGACAACAAGAAGCCAACAGAGGAAAUUAAAGAAAGAAGCUGAUGCAGAUGCAGAAGAUAAUAAGGAUAGGUGGGAAAAUGUAAACCAGAAUGAACAUGUAGUUCCUUCCCAUCUAGAGACCAUCUGUGAGUCCACAUGUGUGAGUUCAGAUACUGAACAGACUGCUCCUUCUCCAGGGAAUAGGCCCAGUCAAUGUGAAGAUGAAAUUCAGGUAUUUGAUGGUGAAUGCUUAGUGAAAAGUUCAGAAGAAAUACCAGAGGUACAGACAAGAAGGGAGGAAGAUGUUAUUGCAAAAGAAUCUUCAGAAGGAAAGGAUUUAAACAAAGAGCUUUAUAUAUUGGAGGAGGAAAGAGAAACAGGCUGUGAAGAACUUAAGGAAAGCAACCUUGAAAAACAAUUUACUUCUCAAAACCAGUUGAUACUAGAUAAAUCAGAGCAUGAAAAAGCAGGUACUGACAGGGUAAGAAAAGAUUUUGUGCUUUCAGUUGAGUGUAAGAAGGAGAGCAAAGAGAAUGAAAAGGCAGAGGAAAUCAGUGAUGUUACAGAAAUUACUGGCAGUGAGAAUAGUGACAGCAAAAUCAGUGUCAUUGAAGACACUGAUGACAAAAAAGAACAUUUAAAAAGUAAUACAAGCCCUCCCUCUGUUUCCAGCAGUUCCCCUGAUCACAGUAAUUCUAUCCUGUUAGCUCUCAGCAGUGAUGAGGACCAGGUAUCUGAAGUUAAUGAGAAUGAAGAAGAAGAAGAGUGUUUUAUUGAGAGUAGUGAGCAAAAGCCUUCAUCGGAAAAAGACUCAGGAGAUAACCCAUCAAAUGAUAUAUUCUUUGUCAUUGAUAAAACCCCUGGAUUGAGUUCUGAUAAGAAUUAUUACAUAGAGGAAGAAAAAACAAGUGAAGUAGCCAGUGAGCAGGAAGAUGAGGAAGAAGAAAGUGAAGAGGAGGAACCUAUAGACCAGGAAGAAAAUGAAGAUGAGUUCAUAGAUGAAGAUGACAUAUUAAAUAACACCAAGUCUAAACUCUUGAAGUUGUCAAGUAGCAGCAUAGACCCUGGUCUGAGUAUUAAGCAACUUGGAGGCUUGUAUAUUAACUUCAAUGCAGAAAAAAUGGAUUUCAGCAAAAAUGCCCUUACACAAAUAAAGGAGAAAAACAAAAAGGAGCUCUUACAGAAAUCCAUAAUUACUCCUGAUUUUGAAAAGAAGGAUUGCAUCCCGCCGUACAAGGAAUCACAAUUUCAACUUAAGAAAAAACGGAGAGAGGAACGGAAAAAAACAGCAGGAGAUGGCUGGUUUGGCAUGAAAGCCCCAGAAUUGACAACUGAACUAAAAAAUGAUCUCAGAGCACUGCAGAUGAGAGCCAGUAUGGACCCUAAAAGGUUUUAUAAGAAAAAUGACAGAGAUGGUUUCCCUAAAUAUUUCCAGGUUGGGACAAUUGCUGAUAAUCCCGCUGACUUCUAUCAUUCACGAAUCCCUAAGAAGCAAAGGAAAAGAACGAUUGUGGAAGAAUUGCUGGCCGAUUCUGAAUUCAGAAGGUACAAUAAAAGGAAAUACACGGAGAUCAUGAUGGAAAAGGCCACUAAUGCAGCUGGAAAGAAGUUUCGGAAAAAGAAGAAAUUUCGAAACUAAGAUUUAGUUGCCUAAACAUACUCUCAAGAUUUUUAUUUUCAUCUUCAUUUUUCCUUUAUUCACUAAAGAGGAGUUGAAGGCUGCUGGUGUCAUACUAGUAAUGUACUAAAGGGCUGGCUCCACUUGUAUAGCUUGUCCCUUGGAGGAAGUUACUUAGGAAAGAAUGGGGUUUUUUUGUGGAUUCUUUGUAUUUGUAACAGGAAUUGGUAUAUUUGUUUUUUGGAGGAAAGAGAAUAAAUCAUGUGAUUUGAGGAUAAAAAUGUGUAGAUCUUUUAGAGACCCAAAAAGGCUUAGGAUGUUUAAAAAUAUGUUUUUCUAUCACUGAAAUUUUUGUAAAGCGUGCAGUGUCUUCUGGUUAUUUAAGCAGUGUAGGAAGUACCAGCAUUUUCCAAGGACUCCUUGUCUCCUCUGCUCUAAAAGAGCAUUAUAAAGAUGAAUGUACUUACUGUACAGUAAUUUUUAGAUUUGCGAGUCAUGAUAAGAGAUUAUCAAAAUGAUAGUGUGCCCUGUUUCAUUUUACAUUUUAGUAUAGAUGCAUCUGUAAAGUUCUAUACUAAAAUGUAAAAUGAAACAUUAAAGUGAGUUUUAAUUUAAAAACUAAUUUUAAAACUCCAAUGAAAGCUUCAAAGUUGAGCAUUAUGCUCACUGCCUGAAAUUGUUGUCACCUUCAUGUUAUACAUUCCUCCCUCUUUAGGUGACAUAUUUGAGAAAGGCAUUGAAGCUUGAAGCUAGUCAUAGGCACAUGAUUUAUGGCUGGAAGGUACCUUAAAGAUCACGUACCUCAGUCCAGCCCUUCAUUUUACAGAUGAAGAUAUUUGAAGCUUUGAGUGGUUAACCUUAAAACUCCAUAGAAAUGUGAAUUGGUGGUGGUGGUGGUGGUGGUGACCUUGGUACACAGGAAGUAAUAGCUAUGAUUCAACCCCAAGUCUUCUUAACUCCAAAUCCAGUCUUUGCUACGCUGUGGUGUCCACCCUAAAUGGUAAAGGGAGCAGAAACCAUUCCAGCUGAGGGUUGUUUGAAGGUACUGGGAAUGUUUAGCUUAAUAAAAGAAGGGGAAAGGAAGAAAACAUUAUCUUUGUCCUCAGAUUUUUUGAAGACUUUUCCUAUAGGUGAGAGUUUGGAUUGAUUCUCCUUUGCCCAAUGUAGAUAGAACAAGGACCACUGGUUAGAAGCUUCAGGGCUGCUGAUAGUGGCUCAAUAAAAGGAAGAACAAAACCCAUUCAACAAGCACUUAUUAAGUCUUUAGGAUUUGCAGGGGGCUGUGCUAAGCACCAGGGCCACAAUGAAAGGCAAAAACAUGAUCCUCACCUCAAAGGAGUCACCUGUAAGGGGAGAGACAAGGUGUGACCAGUGUAACAGCAGAUGGUAAUAGAAGGAGGGAGAAGACCUGCAGAAGGUGGGAUUUGGGUUGAGUUUUGAGGGCAGCCAGGAGGAGGCAGAGUAUUCCAGGCAUGAGUCACAGCCAGUCUCCCUGAAUAGAGUAUGUCAAGGGUAAGAAUACUGGAAAGGCUUUAAAUGCCAAAGGAGAUUUUAUGUUGAGUCCUGGAGAUAAUAGGGAGCCAUGAGAUACUGAGUAGGGAGUGACAUCCCUUGUCUCCCUUUAGGUGCUGGCUAAAAUCUCACCUACAAAAGACCAUCUAUGCUGUCCUCCCCAUGCUAGUGCCUUUCUUGCUUUAUCUCCAAUUUAUCCUGCAUGUGUGUGCACACGCGUACAUUUGUCAGAUGCUGUUCAUGUGUUACCUCCCCUUUUAGACCAUGAGCUCCUCAAGGGAAGAGGCUGGUUUUUGCCUUUCUUUGAAUCCCCAGUAUUUAACACCAUUCAUGGCCCACAGUAGGUGUUUAAUAAAUGCUUGUUGCCUCAGUAUGGUUAUCUCGUCACUUUGACAGUGGGUAGAGAAUAGGCUAGAGUGGGGAGAAACUUGAGGUAGGCCAGCCAGAAGGUUAUGGUGAUGACAAUCCAGGCUAGAGGUGAGGAGGGCCUAGAGUAAAUGUGAAAUGGGAAAGAUGACACUCAGCAACAUUGGCCACGUAGAGUGAGUUUGAGAGAAAGGAAGAGGGGACUGGUGCAAUGGCCUCUUUUUUUUUUCAAUGAAGUGUGAGUUGAGAACUUCAUCUGUGAGGGUAGGCAGAGAAGGAAGUUAGAGGAUCGAGGUAAAGGUUUGGGAACACCCUGAGGUUUCCUGGCUUCAGUGAGGGCCUAGACGAGAUUUUGUGUAACAUAAAUUUGUAGCAGCCCCACUCAAUGUGAUUUGGGGACUUUUCUCCAACGUUUUAAAGCAGCCCAUGAGUAAGAAGAGGAGAUGGUUGAAGUAAUCCACAGUUGGGGGUUGGCAAGACAAGGUUAGCGAUUAUUCUGUCUUACAGAAGAGACUAUAGAGUUGAUUCACCAAGAGGUCACGAUUAGGAUAAGGAAGAGUCCAGCCAGUGCUGGUGCGUUGGAGGCUGUCAAAGAAAAAGCAUUGGUACCAUACUUUUGUUUCAGGCACAAAAAAAUUAACAUUAUUCUUUAAUCCCAGUUUUUCUUGAGAGAAAUGUCAAAACUGGCAUCAUUCUCAAGCAUGUCUCUAACCCAAAACAAUUUGGGGAGCACUUGGGGGACUUGCUAACAAGAAAAAUAAAACCGAUUAAAUACAGUUUUGUUUAACAUUCCA